AACGCACAAAAAUCUUAAUUCUAAAACAAUUUCUUUUUUCUAAUUCUUGAUUAUAUGUUUGGGAUUUAUAAAUAUAUAUUAUAUGUUUACACGCGGUUCGGCUAAAUAUUCUGUCGGACUCUCUUUGCCAAAGCUGUAUGGAAGAAGGCGAGUUGGAAUCAUCUUGUCACUUCCUUCUUUAUUGCCCAGCUUUUGCCACACUGAGAUUGAAAUAUCUCGGUAGACACAACUUUGGAGAACCUAGCGAAUUUGCUGGGAUUGAUAUUAAUCGCCUUAAUAAAGUCAUGGUAAGCACAAAAGGUGAUGAAUAAUUUUAUAGGCAUCUAUACGGGAAUCACUUUAUAGAUAGGGUAGUUUUACUCAGAAGCAGAUAUUUUUCAAGUCAAAAUUGUUUUGUUUUCUUUCACCGAGUAAUGAGGCAAAGCAUUUAACUGUGUUUCAGCAAAAAGGCCUCUAAACACCAUGACCACAACGUAUAUUGAAGUAAGCUUGAAGGAGAUGUUGCAAAUGGCGCUAGGCGCACCGAAAAUUAAUGAAAUUAAUAUCUCGAUAUUGCAUUGUCUUUUCAAUAUAUUGCUCAAGAAGCUCGACUGCCAAUAUGAAAAGGUGGAAAUGGACGGCCAGGAGGCGGCAUGUUUGCAAUUACUCUUGCGAAAGAGUAGAAUAGCGCGCUUACCAUUCAAUACCGAUAAAGUGGAACUGCUCUCGCACAAAAUGAAAAAGCUGACACAUUUGCGGGAACAUCAAAAGCAUCUCGAGGAUCAGUUGAACGAGCAUUUAGAGGAAAUACGCGCGUGCAAUAAUAAAGACAAUGACAUGUAUUCCUUAAAUGAUUGGUCCAAGUAUUGCGGACCUUGUGAGUGGUACUGUACUAACGCCGAAACUGAGACUGACGUGUAUUGUAAUCUUUUGGAAAAUUACAACUUCAUUACCAAAGUUAAGCGGAUCGUUGAAGAGCCUGUCAUCGGUCCGAUUCUGAACAUGAGGAAACGCAUAGAGGAAUUACAUGUACAAUUACUAGACUAUCGACGUCGUUUAGAUGAAAAGUCUAAGCUUUGGUCAUAUAUUGAGUACAUCGCGACAGACAUUGACAAAUUCAGUCAACUAAUUGCUUUGGAGAAGAGAUCCUUUCAGCAUGCCAUGGAAGAACUACAGAGGAUGAUGGAUGGAAAAAUGUAUAAGGUGGUUUUACCCACGCUUAAGAAGUACAUACAGACCGAAACGGAAAAAAUCAAUGAAGUUUGUAACAUGCUAAAGAAGAAAGAUAGCUGCGACACUCCCAAAGCAUUCUCAGAUACGCCCACAACAUGCCUUUCAUGUAGAGGCGAACUUACCUGCACACGCAGACCGAUCUUGAUUGCGCCGCAACGCAGUGCGGAAGUGGUAGACGUUAGAAAGCGGAAAAUGGCGGAAAGUUGUAGCCGCACCGGUCCAUGUUUGGCUAAAGAAAAGGAAAACGAAUUACUGCAACGGCUCAAAAUCAUAAACGAAAGAACGGAGGAAGCCGUAAUAAAUACAGAAAUGACCAAGUCUUGCUAUGUCCAAUCCAAUCAAUUUGAAUUAUUCCAGGGUACUAAUGGCGUUUAUUAUCGCAAAGCCUAAAAAGGCUUAAACAUUUUCUAAAAUGGUAACAACGAGAUUUGACGAAAAAUAGUUCAUAUAUGGAAUGUAACCACGAUAUAUAUUUUUUAUAAUAUAUUUUUGAGAUAAACACAUACUUGCAUACUUAAUUAUAAAAGCUAAUAAAAACUAAACAUUCUAACCCGAGUCCACAGAA